AUGGCGCUAAUAUAUGCAUCAGGGGAUCAAAGCCACAAGACAAAGAGCAGCCAGAUCACGAGCCUCCCUGUCCCUCCUCUUGUGUGCAGGCUGUACGGGGACCUGACCAACUGCACCUACCUGGUGGCGCUGAAGAUGGAGUGCUUCUGGCCCAACCGCCUGGUGGACGAGUUCUUCAUCCGGGUGCACAAGCACUACUUCCACGACUGCUCGCUCUCGGGACGGCUCCUCAGGGACCCGCCCAACCGCAUCCUGGGACCCUUCAUCGUGGUGCCCAUCCUGGUCACGCUUCUCAUGACCGGCCUGGUGGUGUGGAGGAGCAAACGCAGCGAGGGGAUUAUGUAGUGAACAGAGUGAUGCAGGGUGGGGGUGGGGGUCACAUGACUCAAGACAAGAGGUACUUUUUUUCCACCGUUCCCACCUGCAGUGACCAAAGGAAGUGGUAAUGUGUGGAAAACGGGUUUUCGAUAUAGGACCAGAAUCACUCGAACAUGGACGUGCAGUUUGGAGCAAAAUGAAAUCAUUUUAAAUUCAGGUCCUGCCUCAGCGCUUCAACACAUCUUCACUGAUAUGAGGCCUGUGCAGCUCAAAUUAUUUCAUUUCUCUCGACAAGGAGCUGAACUACUCUCCUGAAUCUAAUCUGGACCAGAGCACUGGUGGAGAGAUUCUCUAAUAUAAGAAGAAAAAAAAACUUUAUUGAGAGAAACUGCCUCAAAGAAUUUUUGGAGAAGUUCAAAAAACAGUUUUUUGGUGGGACCAUGACCUACUACUGCAAACAGGAGAACAUGCAGAACUGUCCAGGAUCAGUUUCACACUCUGACCAGGACUCAACAAGACAGUUACUCUGACCUCUUCCAGGGAACACAGGGACAUCAGAUUGUGUAUAUAUGUAUACGUUCACUGUAAAUGUACAUGAAUCUGUCAGUGGACUAUCAGAAUGUCUUUGGAACACAAUCCAGACGACAAACCACUGAAUUCCUUUCUCUCUUUCUGUGUGAUGUUUGGAUACAUUUAUUUUAAAAAGACGUGUGUUGCAUUUGAAUUAUAUUCCUGUAUAUUAUAUAAUCAUUCAGAUUCAGGUUCACUGUGGAACUGGUGGUGGGAGAAGGAAUAGUUUUCAUCUCCUCUGCUCAUAUCAAGCGCCCAUGGUCUCAUCUCUCAGCCUGCAGCUCUCUCUCUCUCUCUCUCUCUCUCUCUCUCUCUCUCUCUCUCUCUCUCUCUCUCCCCUGAAGGAAACGCAGAGAGGCUCUUCCCCAGCUUCUGCUUCACGGAACCAGCUGAACAAAAAGGCAGAAGAUAAUGAUGUCACACCCCGAUGAUUGGUAAAUGCUGUGUUCCGGAGACAGGCACCCGGAGAUGGCCCAAUUUGGUCCGGCAGUUAUGAUGUUGUGGUCUCCAUCCGUCCAUCACGUCGAAACGCCACACUAUAGAAACUUCUAAAGUUUAGGGGGGGGGGGGGGGGGUGGCUGGAGACAGUUAGUUAACCAUUAACUCCUCUGUCAUGGAUUUGUUUACCAUACAGAAAUAAAAUAAUCGGCCCAAAAAAUAGCCAGACUGAUUUUGAAAAUGAGAGAACAAACAGUCAGAGACUCACAGUCGGGAAAAAAACGACAUUCUCGUCUUCAGAAAGGAGAUCAAACACACAACGCACAAAGUCAGCCAACGCACACAUCGCUGCACAACGUUGCCAUAGCCUCUAGCAGAGCUCGUGUAUCAUAGACCUGAGGUUUCUAUUGAUUUGUGAUCUCCCUGUGUGGUGAAGCGUGCUGCGUGAACUGUUCCCUCACUGAUAUUUUUGAAUGCUCUCUCCCCUUUAUAGAUCCAUUGACCUGUAACCCGCCUGUCAGCGGAACACACUCUCAAACACACACCCACACUUCCCCAGCAGGAUCUUACUUUGUGCUUUGUGCCAAAAGCUCUUUGAAAGCAGCUUUGAAAGGUUGAAUUCCUUUAUUCUUGAUUUUGCUGGGGUGACUUCUAAUGAUUGAAUUUUAAAAUCUAUGAUCAUGGAGUUCAAUAAAAUGUCUGAUUAAUGUG